UCGACUAUAAUAUAUCAUAUAAUUAAUCGUGCCAUCUUAGUUAUAUUGCUUGAAGAAAAUAAGAACGUAACUAAUUAAAAAAAAAAUAGCCGUAUUACUCUACGAACAAGAGGAAUAUAUAUAUUACAUUACAUAUUCCUAAAGCAGUUUUAUCGUAAUGUCGGAUGUCCAUAUAGAUGCUCCACCUUCCGUGCGUCUCACUAAUGAUGAUUUCCGUAAGCUGCUGGCCACACCACGUACGCAGCCUACAGGUUCUACAACUAGCAGUGCAAGUAGUAAUUCCUUAGCCACAGCACAGUUUGCAACAACCGCAUCAUUGAGCGAAAAGAAUAAAAUUCAGAGUAACAACGAACGCACUGAUUUGCGACGCAAAAAAAAAAAUUUCUAUGCAGCAUUAAAGAAACAGGAGGAUGUUAAGCUUCAAGAGCUAUCCGAGAAGUAUCGCGAUCGCGCUCGCGAGCGUCGCGAUAACGCUAAUCCUGAUUACCAGAAUUCGUCCACACCUGGACAUGGCAACAGUACAAAUGCAUAUCGUUCUGUGGCACCCGAUCUCAAAUCUGGGAUCGAUGCAGCUGAGCGCAGGCGACGGAUUAUACAGGAGUCCAAGUUCUUGGGCGGCGACAUGCAGCACACUCAUUUGGUAAAGGGUCUUGAUUAUGCGCUGCUUCAAAAAGUGCGCUCUGAACUGCAUGUCAAGGAAGCCGAGGAGGAAGAAAUUGCUGCAGCAGUGGCUCGCGAGAAGCUGGCCGAAGCUGCAGCUGUAGCUGAGCAGCUCGAGGCAGAACGACGCGAGGCGGAAGAUAUAAAUGCUAUAAACAGCCAAAUGGCCCGCAACAUAUACAAUCUCAUACAGUCUCGGCGCUGCAGGGAGGUACCACGCAACGAAUUGUUUGGGCCCGGGCGCAUGGCAUACGUGAUUGACAUGGAGGAUGAAAUGGAUAUGGAUAUACCGACAACAUUAAAACGCUCUAAGCAUGAAGUACCUGUGGCACGCGAGGAUAUUGCCACGCUGACCACCAAUGAUAUUGUUAUAAAUAAGUUGUCACAGAUCUUAAGUUACCUUCGCGCUGGCGGUCGAAACAAGAAGAACAAAAAGCGCGACAAGGACAAGCCGCUUUUUUACGAAAAGGAGGUGGAGCAUGUUCGAGGUCAACAGCAAAGCAGAAGCAGUAACGCCGCCUUAAUUAGAAGCAGAAGCAAUAACUCAAACAAAGCUGUUAUCGACAACAUAUAUGAUGAUGUGGAAGACUAUCAGCCAAGUACAUCAUGUAGCGAUCGUCAAUCGAAGCCAUCAAGUCAGUCUUACUUUGGCGACGCUGUGCCAGAAUCCAUAGAUCCUAUUCAAGUCAACAUACCACCACCUACAAAAAUUUCAAAGGCAAUGGCUGCGCGGUUUGCCAACGAACCUGAGGGAUAUGCCGAGUGUUAUCCAGGCUUAGAAGAGAUGAACGAUGCCAUAGACGACUCCGAUGAUGAGGUGGACUAUACCAAAAUGGAUUUGGGAAAUAAAAAAGGACCUAUUGGACGUUGGGACUUUGAUACACAGGAAGAAUAUUCCGAUUACAUGAGCACAAAAGAGGCACUGCCUAAAGCUGCAUUUCAAUACGGCGUCAAGAUGCAGGAUGGCCGUAAGACGCGCAAGAACAAAACGGAAAAGAAUGAAAAAGCCGAACUAGAUCGCGAGUGGCAAAAGAUUCAGACAAUUAUACAGAAACGUAAAUUACCCAAGGAUGGCGGAGGGGGCAGUGAUGAACCCGACUAUAAAUCUGCGAAAUAUUAGCAAACAAAAUUUUAUUUUGCAUUGACACUAGGUUCCACGCAAAUAUUUAGUUUAGUAUAAUUUAAA